GCCGGUGGGUCCCGCGGAGCCUUACGGUCCCGCGGUCUCCCGCCCCCAACUCCGUGCCUGCAGAGGCCUGUGCGGUCUGUGCGUGCUGGGUCUGCCCACCCCCUGCCAGCGCGGCGGCCCCCAGCGGCCUGGCCGCACGCCGGGUCCCUGCCGCGGAGGGGGAUGGGGAGGGAGGAGAGACGAGGAGUUGGAGACAGACACUGCCUCCGCGAGCAGUUACGGCUGGAGACAGACGGCGGCGGCGGCGGGAGGCGGGACAAUCCCCCCUCCGGCGACGGGAGGCGGGACACCUCGCUCGGCGGCCGCUGCACAGUCUUCCCCUUUUUCCCCCUCCCGUGGGCUGCGGGUCGGGCCUGGAGGGACAGGCAGACGAGGGCGGCUGGCCCUGCCUGCCCCGCGCGCUACCGCGGCUGGCCGGGGAUCCCCUACAAACCGGGGAGGAGCCGCCGCGGCCGCCGCCGCCAGACAGCCUGCGAGUCCCUGGGAAAGUGAAAGGGGGGCGGGGAGCGCAGGGGAGGCUCGUGUGUAAGGUCCCCGGCUCUUAAAGAGACCCGGCGCGCCGCCCCGCGCUCCCCGCCGGCCAGCUGCGUGCCCCCCGCCGGGGCGGCCCUGCACCCCCGCCCCUCCCCCGCUGCCGUUAGGACCGGGUGGCCCCGCCAGCUGCACUGCGGGCAGUCCCCAGCCUCCGCUCCGGAGGGUCGGCCGCAGCAGUUCAAACUCUACAUUUGUAAUCAAACUGCUGUCUCCUGAUACGACCAGUUUUAAGAACCAAAAUCAGUUUUCAUACGUAAAAGCAAGGGGAGAGGCGAAGCACAGAGAGCAGCAGAUUAGACCAUACUGAGCUCCAUUGGAGCAGCUGCGAGCCGUGGAGGAUGCUGGCUGCUGAGUGGCUGAGGAGGCCAUCAUUCUAAGGUGGGAAAGCAGGUCUCAGUGGGACAGCGUCCUCUGCUCCUGGGCUCACCAUGGCUUCCGAUCUCUGGCUGGACGGCUGACGUGACUGUACCCCAAGUGUGCACGCUCCUAGACUGGGUGCUGUCCCAGGUACUGCCUGCUCUUGGGGAGCAGGGCAGGUGGGCAUCAAAUGCUACCAAAAGCCAGAAGGGACAGAGCGAUGGACUCCAACAAGCUAAGAUGGAAGUGACCUGAGGCCUUGCCUGGGCAGUUUCCUCUCGACAGGACAGCUUAAGAGUCGGUACACAGGCUUGUCUGAGGAGCAGUAUGCAGGAAGCUGGUUUUCAGGCCACAAAUGCUUUCACAGAGUGCAAAUUCACCUGCACCAGCGGUAAAUGCUUGUAUCUUGGUUCACUGGUCUGUAACCAACAGAACGACUGUGGGGACAACAGUGAUGAAGAAAACUGUCUCCUGGUGACUGAACAUCCACCUCCGGGCAUCUUCAACUCGGAGUUGGAAUUUGCCCAGAUCCUCAUCAUCAUUGUGGUGGUUACGGUGAUGGUCGUGGUCAUCGUCUGCCUGCUGAAUCACUACAAAGUGUCCACGCGGUCUUUCAUCAACCGCCCAAGUCAUAGCAGGAGGCAAGAGGACAGGCUACAGGCGGAAGGGCGCCUGUGGCCUUCAGACACCUCCGGUCCUCGGCCAGUUACCUCGGAGAUCAUGUAUGCCCCGCGUUCUCGGGACAGGUUUACUGCACCGUCUUUUAUCCAGAGGGAUCGGUUUAGUCGCUUCCAGCCCACCUACCCCUACGUGCAGCACGAGAUUGACCUUCCCCCCACCAUUUCCCUGUCUGAUGGGGAAGAGCCACCUCCUUACCAGGGGCCCUGUACCCUGCAGCUCAGGGACCCCGAACAGCAGAUGGAACUCAACCGAGAAUCUGUGAGGGCCCCGCCCAACCGGACCAUAUUCGACAGUGAUUUGAUAGACAUUUCUGUGUACAAUGGGGGCCCGUGCCCACCCAGCAGCAAUUCGGGCAUAAGUGCCAGCACCUGCAGCAGUAAUGGGAGGAUGGAGGGGCCGCCCCCGACGUAUAGCGAGGUGAUGGGCCACUACCCAGGAGCCUCUUUCUUCCAUCACCAGCACAGCAACGCGCACAGAAGCAGCAGACUGUCAUUUCAGCAGGACAUCUCGGGGAGCACAGUGGUGCCCAUCCAGGGCAAAGACAGGAAGCCUGGAAAUCUUGUCUGAUCCUCCAAUGUGCACUUGAGUUGAGGAGAAAGAAACUGAGGAGGGAAGAGGGCUGCACCACCCCUCUGCUCCCAGGCACAGUGUUCUUCAGUUUUACAUGCUACAACUAAGUAAAACCAAAUGUGCAAAUGUGGUCUUUGUUUCUGAUUUCUUUCAGGGGAAUUGCAUGCAAACUAGACUGAAAUAAUACAAACUUCCAUCCUGUCUGACCAUAAACAGUGUUUAUGUGGGGGCAGGCGUCGGGAUGGGGGCCGGGGGUGGGAAAAGGGUGGGCAUGGGAACACAGAGAAAGGGAUGCUUUGAAGAUAUCAUGAAAUAAAUCCCACAGAGGUAUUUGAUUUAUUUAAUUAUGAAAGUAGACUGCAGAGAAAGAGGCCAGAAUGGCCCGUUUUAUAAUUAACUGAAUAAAGAAGGAAGCAUUAUUAUGUAUUAUCAUGGGGAAGAAUUGGCCAGUUUGCUUUUUCUCCCAAGAUGUGGAACUUUUAUUUUGUUUUAAAAAUAUGAUUCAAAAUUCCUGUUUUUUGUGCCAAGGUAUAAAGUGGAAAAGCUAGAUGAAUGCAAGGAGUUAAUUUGUGUUUUUAUGAUGAUGUGUUUUUUUUAAGUUGCACUAUCUUAAUGUUUAAAAUAUACAUGAGCGAAUUGUUUUACGUGAAGUUCUGUAUGUUGUCUUUUCACCUGUGGAUUAUUAUUAGGCCCAAGGAAUAACCUGGAGUGCUCCCCAUAAUCAUUCAAGGAAAGAUGUUUGGGGAUGUAGCCUCACAUAUGCCGAUUUAUGUAAAUCAAGAAAGUCAUUAUUGCAAGAAUUUGCAUCAGAUAACAGUGUAUCAUUGAAGUAUUUGGACACUUUUGGAUAGAAGAUAGUAAAUACUAAGUUCCAGUAUUUCUGACUUGUUGGUUACUCUAAUAGACUUAGGCUGCACACUUCAUUAAAAAUGAACCUGACACAUGCGUUUAUGUAUCCGAGUAUCAUGCAGUGCUGCCCUCAUCCUCCAGCAGUGCAGUUUCUUCAGUAACUUAGGUUUUUUUCACUGUAGCAUGAAAUAUACUCAGAUACAUACAUUAUUUUAUGCAAUAAAUUAUUUAAAAUGCAAGGUGGUUAUUUUUAAUACUGUUGAAAUAUGUGACUUGUCAGUGUAUUCCCACUGUCUCUCUCUUUUCCUAGAUAGUUCAGUUCAGUCCUGGACGGCUGGUCAGUGCUCAAGAGGCUCUCUCCCCAUGCAGCCCUCUGGCUUUGGUGUUUGAGUGAUGCCGGCAGUGGGUUCUUCAUGCAUAGGAAGCCCCUGGAAUUGACAAAAGAAUACCACAUUGAUGAACAAGACAAGCCAUUGCACUUCACUAGUAUUGGCACAGCAUUCCUGGAGGAAUGCAGUGCUCACAACCCAAACUCCUGUGGGAGUUCACUCAGCCUUUGCAGUGGUGGCAAGAACUGGAUGGUCAGUUACAAAACACUGCAGGGCAGAGGAGCAACUUUAAAAGCACAGGAUAAAAAGCACAACAAGCAGUUAAAAUGCAACUAGAAACUAAUUUUAAAUAUUGUUAGUUUUAAUAUUUCUGAUAUUUACAAACAUUUGUCCCUAUGUAAAAUAAAUAACUUUCUUUUGCAGAAGUAAGCAUUUGGCUUUUAUAACAGCACCAGACAAUAAGUUCAACCAGUACCGCACCACGGGUGGGUUUAUCUGUAAUCUCUGAGCAAGUUAGGUUCUUUUGGCUUCUGCAUGUAACAGAAUGGAUUGGAAUGAUGACUCAAUGACUCUGACCACUGCAGUUUUAAUGCCAAAUCAGCACACGUGUGUUCGUGUCUGUCUGUGGGUCUCCAAGGCAAUUUCUCAGUGAGGUGACUUUGUGCUGUUGGCUGACAGCUGGAGAGACUGUUCUGAACUAUAGGUUGGUACAAGAGUAAUUGCGGUUUAAAAGAAAAAUAAUUGCAAAAAUCGCGAUUACUUUUGCACCAACCUAAUACAAGCCCUGUCCACUGCCCUCUGCUCUUUUCUGAUGCUUCUCUUGGUUGGUCCGUAGGUUGCUGGUUGUUUGUUUUGUUUUGAGGAUUGGAAUCUUCAUUAGAUGUAUUCAUUUCACCCAGUAACAUCCACAGGACUAGUCAAACUCGUAGAAAGGGAGAGAAAAACGGUGGGCAACAGUUGUCACUCACUCUCCAGACUCUGUCUGGAAGUCUGGCCACUGAGGGCUGCAGUAGGAAUUCCAAGACUGGGCAGAGCUCUGGGAGCCUUGGCUCGGGACCAGAGACUCGGGCCUUUCCCACUGCCCUAGAGCCUCCUGGCAGGCCAGCUCAUUGCCUGGGUCACAAGCCUGUGCUUCAAGGAAGCUGGCAAUCUUUGUGGCAUGAAGUCUCAUCUUACCCUGUCAAGUAAAGUGCUUGUUCCAGUCAGGACCCCAUUAGUGGGGAUUCAGGGUAAUUUACUGGUCAGGUAUCUCCUCAAAUGCAAAAUGACAGGGUUAGCUAACGAUGUCAUCAUUCCAAACCUUGCCUGCAAUUUUGAUAAAGAAGGUGAACCCACCCUAUAGCUCAAAACGGUUUUACAAUCCUUAACUUUCCUACCUGCUGCAAGAAUGAACUAAGGUCAGAAACUUGUAAAUUCCUUAGUCAUUUUGCAAGUAUAUGAAAGUUUUGCAGAUGCCCACAGUAUUGGCAAAACAAUGAUUUAAUUCAAGUAACUUUAAUUAUCCUUCAAAAGAUAGUUUUCUCACAUUCAGACACUUUAGAAAAUUGCCCUUUAGGUUAGUUAUUAAAGACAAUGACAUAUGAAACCAUGACUUGAAUGGUCCUGAGGCUGGUACUUUGUAAUGACUUAGUUUAAAAGCCAAGGUCAUGAAUUAAGUUUCCCUUCGAUACAGAGAACAGGUGAUUUAGAUGAGCAGCUCUUUUGAAGAUUGUGGCUGGCCUGUUCAUACCGCAUCAUCUCGCUGGCCUGGUGUGGAAAGAGGAGUGAUUGUGAAGACGCAGCUUGCACAGUGGGGCCUGAUGUUCAAGAAGCCUGUGCUUCUGGAGCGCGAGGGUCCAGUUUAAGAAGCAGUGAUUUUAGGCAAUCGAUGAUAGGUUUAUUACUUCAGUAGAAUAUCAAGACAAAGGAUUGCACUGUUCAAAAGAACAGUUGGUGGGUACUGGUACUCUGGGCAUCCUGCUGUGACUUGUCCAUUGUCCCAGGGACUUCCAAGAAUAUGAAACGCAAGGCCUAUUAAGUCCCAUUUAGAGGAACAGUCUUCAGACAUGUAUUUGUUUUUUCAGAAAGGCUAGUGUUCUUCAGAUACUGAAGCCAACCUUAGUACAAAAUAGAUUUUGCUAAACAAAUUAUGCAUUUAAAAAGCUAAUCUAUUCUCUGUGUGUGACCAAAAUUUAGUUAAAGAAGCUUGUCAAGCAUACCCCCACCAAACAUACACAGACACACAAGCCAAGAAAUUUCAAGAUAGCAGAGGAGAAUAUUUAAAACUUACAAAGAUUUGUCAUGAGGAUACACAUAUAUCCACUAAUUUUAGCUCAAAUUUAUGGGAGAGGAAAUAGGGGCCAACAGUAAACUGGAGGCCUAACACCAGUAUAGUAAUGUGGUACACAGAUGAGUAUCAAGCUUCUAAGUAUCUCCAUUUGCUCUUCUUCGUCUUUCUCUUCAUAAGCAUGAGGUGUCAAGAGGCAAGCACUUUCUGAAAGCUUCUUUGCUCUAGAAGAAUCCUUUCAAAUCCCCACCUUCCUCUCAGAACCAGUAGUUGCAUCCUGACAGAGGUGAUCCUGUACCUUCCAUCCAUUUGCUCUUCUCUAGGAAGUCCUUUUUAGGAAGAGCCGUGCCCUUCAGAUACUGGCCCAUAGGAGAGAUACACCCAGUCUGGCUCCUGCUCUCAAAAGAAAGUCCAUCUAUGCUGUUGGCGCUUGCUCCUGCGUCGUUCUGAGCCGCCUCACGUCUUGUGUUUGCUGCCCUGGUGCUGGCUUCUUGAGGUUUGCUAUUUAUAUUUAGCACGGCAACAUUAAUUGCAUGCUAAUUUGUAUGUCAUUCAUUUUUCUUAAAAUUUUGAAAGCUUAACAGUGUCUGAAGGAAAAAAGCCUGGGAAGGACACUUGGUUUUUGUUAACUUUUGAUUUUGUCUAAGUGACUAGAAACAGAAAUAUGCCAGUGCUUGGCGCCAAGCUUUUGUACAGUGAGUGACAUAUUCUCCCAAGCCUGCCUCCUCACUGGCCACCAACAUCCCCAACCUUCGUUGACGAGCAGGAAUGCAGGCUCCUGUUCUGCUUACAUUCACCUAGAUGACCAUAGCCUUGGCAGAUUUAGAUAAAAUAACACAAUUGCUGACAAGUUGGCAAGUGUCCCCUCCUCAAUGUUAGGAAUGCUGUAUCUAACAGCGGCACCCCGAAGUCACAGAUUAAGAAACAUUGCUUUCACCCAAGACACAAAUGAUAGUCUUGGCAGCUUUGCAGCACCUAACUUACGAAUUCCAACAAGGCCCUACUGCCAGCUGCCAGAACCUUCUAUCCAGAGAUCAGAGACAUGGAUGGAAAAUGGAAAGUACGCUCCUGCCUUGCGAUAUCCUAGGAAUAGGAAUUUUUAGAAAUCAAGAUUUCAGCUUGGGUUAUUUUACUACCCAAAGUGCUGCAUCUUUUGCAUACAUAGUUCAAGUGUGUAAUUUCUGCCAGGAUGAGACAGUCAGUUGCUGUUGCUGCUUCUGCUACUGCUGCUGAUUUCCAGGUUGGCUACAUUAGGAAGCUGUCGUGUGUGAGGGGGAUGCCUUGCUAAGAAAGCACUGUCUUCCUCUCCUUUUCUUUCCUUCCUCUGUAUGCUUGUUUAUGUGUACUGUGGUGGGGCUUAAAACUAUACCGAGAAAUAUGCAUAUUAUAUGGAUCCAUAUCACUUCAGAGAGCUCUGCAUGUCAGUAGUUUUUAAGCAACCAAGUUGUCUCACGUUCUGCUUUUAGUAGACAGAGGAACCAAGCCCCCACCACUGCCAUACUCUGUGCUCCCACCUUUGCUGUGCCUCACUUACAAUGGUGCUUCUUCAGUUUGUCUUUUCUUAUGUCCUUAUUUGUAAGGUGCUGUAUAUAACUUGAAUAUAUUAUGCACAUAUCCUACCCAAUGGGUAGAACAAAAAUUGUUAAUACUGUAAUAUAAUGUAUAGAUACCAAUUUUAACAGAAAUGGCAUAGGAUUUGUGAAUGCCUAUGUGCUUUGUCCUCUUUUGUAAGGAAAUUUGCAAAUGGAUGCAUACAGAUAAAAGUCUAUGUAGUUUAUUUUCCUAUUAAAUAUCAAUAUUAUAACACAAGGGAAAGAAGUCAGAACAAGCAAGCCACAGUUUAUGACCAGCGUAUGUAUAGCAAUUGAGAGUUGCAUCUUUGCUGUGAAACCACUUUUAAAAAAUAAUUUAAAAAAAUUCCAUCUUUUUUGGUUGCCACUAUAAGCUUAUUUUAAUCUCUUUAGUAAUGUCCAAUUGGACCACUGUUAAAGUCAGAAAAAAAAGUUGAUUUUUCAACUUGAUUUAUAAAAAGACAUUAUGUCAUGUUAUAGAAUAAUGAAGAUGUUUGACCCCAGACAAAGUGCACAUUUUGUUAAAACUGCAAAAAUUACAUCCAGAGUAGGUAAAUCGGACUGCCGCAGAGGACUUUGUUCAAUACAGAGGCAUUUAUGACCAUCUGAGUGCCAAGUCUUUCUGUGCCUUUUUCUUUGACAAAUCCAAGCAGUGAAGCCAAUGAAAUAACAGUGGUUUGUUAGGGAAAGAAUACCUCAGGAAAAAUGAACCCACUUAGGACCCCAUUCUUUGGAAAAAAAACAUUUUGUUACAGGUUAUCGUCAGCAGAGAAUUAGCUAUCAGCCAGCCAAGUAAAGAAUCUUAUGUCCAUUCCUUUUGGUGUCUCAUGGUGAUCUUGACCCAAAAAACAGACUAGGUUUUACCAUGGGUUAGGGAUUACGUUUUCAGUUGCAUACUAUGUCACAGCUCUCUUACACAGACAGCGUCUACUUCCAGUUCAGUUUUUAGUGUCUGACUGUGACCUCUGCAUUUAUCUUCAAAUAUUCUAGUAUUAAAAAGUGAAAAAGAAAAGCCUAUAACAACAUGUUCACUAAAACCACUGUUGAAUCAUGGGUGUAAGCAUCCUAUCCAGUGUUGCCCAUAAAGGCAAUCAGUGAAAUUUUGCCCAUCUGAUCCAUACUUCCAGUGUAUUCUGUCACUACAGGAUAUUAAUUAAGUCUAUCAAAUUCCAUGGUUUUUCUUUGUUCUGUGGUGUAUAUUCUGAUCUUGAAAAUUACAAUACAAUCCUCUCCAGAAAACCAAUUAUUACUGAUUAUCCUUAAAUUAAAAACGCCUCUAUGGUGCAACUCUUAAUGCUGAAUGAACUAAAAAUCAGCCCUUCUUUUGUUACGUGUUUAGAAAGGGUCAUGGAAAGAUUAUCAUCUGUGUGUUCUCUAGCCCAUCCAGCCCCCACCAUCUGUUCCACUGCAUACUGCAGGGGCUCCCACAUGAUUCAGCAUUAAGAACAGAGGCUCAGUACUGUCAGGAACAACACUCCCACCCCUCCAGUUUCCAUCUCUUGGGAGAACUGUUGAGUGUGGGUGCAUCUGAGAAUGUUCUGGACUCAGAGGUACUAAAAUUUGUUACCACACCAUAACUUCCUUUCUACAGAACUAAUUGAGGCUAAACUUUACUGUUAAUGGUACUGGUUCAUUUUAAUGUACUUGUUGGUGUACUAUUUUUCAUUUCAUGGCUUUGAAAAAUCACAUUUUCUAAUUGUAUACUUGUCUAGUUUAAAACUGUUUUAAAAUAUGUACAAUACUAUUCACAGCAUUUAGUUCAUUUAAUUUUUAUUAUAAAGUAGCCUACUAAAAAAAGUACAACUGUAUUUGAACUUUUAAACAGUUGUUCACUUGAACUAUGAUAAGCAGAAGUCAUUCAAGUCUUUUUUACCACCAUUUGUACUUACUUUUCAACAUAAUUCCCAGUUAUAUACAGAAAAAGAUUUCCAAAUGUUGUGUAUCUGCCUCUUUUAACUGAGCAAUGGUGAUGUAGUUCUUUGACCUAAGGUCUGUAAUUGCAAUACUUUUAAAGAAAGAUGUUGCUCUAAGUGCUGUUAAAGUUAUGAAAUCAGCUUUUUCUGCUUGUUCUUAAUGCUAUGGUCAACCAUAGCACAAAAUUAUUAAAAAUUAUCAGUGAUAUACAUAUGUCUCCUGUUUUGC